GCGGAUUUUUGGUCACGACCGGUACCUCAUGGAAUCUCGAUUUAAGAAGACGUGCUAUGAGUUAAAGGAUCAUGGAGUGCUCCACCACCAUGGUGCGGAAGAUCCCUGGAGCCUAAGUGUUUUUAAGAAAAAAUUCCAUGUUGAAAUUAUUCGUCAUGGCGAAGAGUCUGAUACAAUGGAAUUCGAUAUGAUUAAUUUGGAUUGCUCCUUCGCUAAUGCAGUUCGGCGAAUUUUGGUCUCUGAAGUUCCUUCUCUCGCGAUAGAAAGGGUUUAUGUUUAUCAGAACACGAGUAUAAUGCCGGACGAGGUUAUGUGUCAUCGUCUUGGCUUAAUCCCACUCGCUGUUGAUCCCAAAUAUUUUUUGUUCCCCACAAAAAAGCCUCCUGCUUCCGACGACUUAUCAGGGUUUGACCCUAAAGAACACUUAGUAUAUGAUAUGCGUGUUGGUUUUACCCGUUCUAGCAAAGAUUCGCAUAAUAAACCUGGAAAAGAUAAGGAUGACACUUUACCUGUGGCUCAGUAUUUACCAGUGUACAGUUCGGAUCUCAAGUGGAUACCACUAACCGGUCAGGAGGAUCAUUUUAAUGUCAAUAAUCCUCCUAUACCAGUAUCAUCGACAAUACUUAUCAAUAAAUUAGCUCUUGGUGAUGAAAUCGAAGUUCGAUGUGUUGCAGUGAAAGGAAUCGGCCGAGAUCAUGCUAAAUUUUCACCAGUCGCAGCAGCUUACUAUAAAUUUCAUCCAAUUAUCAAACUUCUUCGUACAAUUGAAGGGGAACAGGCAGUUAAGUUGCAAAAAAGUUUUGCAUCUGGUGUGAUUGGAAUAAACCCAAAAACUGGUCAAGCCUUUGUCGAUAAUGCUCGUUUAGAUAAUGGUUCUCGAGAACAUAUGCGUCAUCCUGAAUUCCGUGACGACGUUAUUUUCGUUGGGAUGGAUUCAUCACAUUGUAUUUUCACUGUUGAAACGAUAGCUCCUGGUAGCCGCCCUCCAUCAUCAUUAGUCCGUUGUGCCUUAGGUGUUAUGAUUAGCAAAUGUUCACAUUAUAUGGCUGUUACAGAAACACCUGGUUUUGGAGAUCACGUUGAGGAGUGUAAACCACUCAUUGAUAUACCUAAAGAUAACACUGAAAGUCAUACAACUGAAAAAAAUCUAUUAUUUCCUAAAGGUAAUCGUAGUCAUUUAAAUGGACGUGAAGUUGGGCUUGAAGUAGUGCAUAUCUCACAUGACAAAUCACGUGCAACAUUUACUUUUUUUGGAGAAGAUCAUACAUUAGGUUUAGCGCUUAGAUAUUGCAUUCUACGAGAUGAGUCAGUUAGCUUUUGCGGUUAUUGUGUACCCCAUCCUUUAGAGGAUAUGAUUAAUUUUGACAUUCAAAUGAAAAAAGGUUCAGCUAUCGAUGCUCUACGAAAUGGUCUCCAAUGUCUACGGGAUUGUUUUCAACAUAUGAAGCAAACAUUUAUAUCAGCAAUGAAAAUUUCAAAAAGUACUAGAAAAUCAUCAUAAUAAACUGUUUUUCUUCUUUUCAAUUGUAUAUUUUCGCUUCGAUUUUUUUAGACUAUUUCUAAUACUGUUACAAAACAGGAACUGUACAAUAAACAAUUCAAAAGUUGAAAAAAAAUACAAUACUAAUAACGAUAAUCUGAAAGUGUAAUGUAAUUUUUCUAACUCACCUAACCUAAACAAAUAUUUCCAGAAAAAAUCAAAACUACUUUAAACCAUGC